AUGCGACUGAGACUCUGUGGGACGACGGAGAAGUCCUUCGUUCGUAUCAUGACACGAAUCUCAUUUCACUUGCAGAGCCGGACUUAUGUCGGGAAGACGAUCCUCUCUGAUUAUCAUGUCCCCACCGUCCAUGGAGAAAGCCAGCACAUCCACGCAUCUGUCACUACUACUGGAGACACGAGGGGGACCGGGGCGAGACGAGGACGGCGAGGCUACCUGAUGCAGCCGCAAUAUCCCUCCACGUCUUCCCUGGCUCCGUCGGAGAUCAAUGCGCUUUCCCAUUCGAGCAACACGAGCCCUGUCUCCACUCUCACUGGGUCUUCGGAGCUGGAAGGGGAACUGCUCGGAGGGAGUUCCUUGCGAGGUGCGACCUCUGACUCUCUGACGUCUCUCAUUUCGUUUGGUAGUCAUCACUUCUCGAAAGCCACUUCCUCAUCUCCAAGUCCUCACCUACAUUCUGCUUUCAGGCGACAUUCGCUUUCCACUACUCAGCCUGGGCCGAUCGAGGAGCUCGAUGUCUUCAAAGAUCGUGGAGCGUUUCUCCGUCGAUCGGCACGAAACCCAUCCGUCUAUAACUCUCGGCUUGAGGUGACAACAGUGCCGUUGAAGCCGUUGUUCUUCGAGGUCCCACAAGCCGAAGCCGACCCCCUGUUCCUGGGUCGGCAUUGGUUGUACAAACACAUGGAAAAAGAGCUUCUUCUCGAUGGCAUUUCCUCGAGUCGUGGCCUCAUCGUCUCUGGUGGACUUGGAGCCGGGAAGACUGCCGCAUUCCUUCAGAUCGUACAGCACAGCUGUUUCGGCAAUGCUAGAGCUGCCCACAAUGAAGCCUACUGGGAGAUAGGCUCCUCCUCCUCUGCCUCCAUUCAUGAGAGUUUGAAGACCCUUGGAGCUCACUUGGUUGCUUACCAUUUCUGUCAGGUGGAGAACAGUCUGACAUGCCAGGUUCCAGACUUUGUACAUUCCUUGGCUGCACAGCUCUGCCAGGCUCCCCAGCUUCAAGGUUACAGAGAGCAUCUCCUUAGAAAUCCAGAGCUCCUCCAGGUCCUUGAAAUGAAUCGUUGCAUUGCCGACCCUCAUGCUGCUCUUCUUGAAGGGAUCCUAAACCCCUUGAUGGAGCUGAAGAGGAAAGGCAGACUGGGAGUGGGUCCCUUUCCACUUAUUGUGUGCAUCGACUCGGUCUGCGAAGCUGAAUUUCAUCGCAGUGACUAUGGAGACACGAUCACUUCCUUCUUGUCCCAUCAUGCCCUUGACUUCCCUCCUUGGUUUAAGAUCCUCUUGUCAGUGCGAGCCAAUCGAGCCGAUGUCAUUCAGAUGCUCCCACUACCUCUUAUUAGUUUGGAUGACACAGAUGACCAAGGAGAUGCAAGAAGGGACGCCGAGGAAUACAUUCUGUUCCGAUUGAAGCACAGCCCCUCGAUCGUGAAGAACAUUCGCUCUUUAGCCGGUCUGGUCGUUCGUCGCAUGGAUGACUCGCUCAUGUUCUUCCAUCCUGCAUUCCGCGAGUGGCUUGUUCGUCAAGAAUCCAAGUUCCUUCUUGACCCCAAGGAAGGAGAUCGCUGCUUGGCACUGCGACUCAGCCGGCUGGAGAGUCCACUGAUGGACGGUGAGAAAAUCCUUGAACUGGGUCAUCAUAUUCUCAAAGCUCAUGUCUACAAAGGACAAAAGCAGCCAGCACCUCGAGACAUGCAGGCACACUGGCUGGCUAUCACAUCUGUUGAUGUGACACAAGCCCUUGUUGUCUCUCGACUGUUGCUGUUGGCUGGGGCUUCACCAGAUGCAGUGACAUCUGCAUAUGAAUCAGCACCUGUUUUAUCGGUUUCAUCCUACCUGGGACAUUUGCAAAUGGUCUCCCUUCUCCUGGAAUUUGGAGCAAACCUGGAAUCAAGAAAUGUUGAGGGAAUGACAGCCCUCAUAUUUGCAGCCCGGGCUGGUCACUGUGAUGUUGUUGCAAUGCUGCUACAAGCUGGAGCUUCUCUGACAGCAGUUGACUCAGAUGAUUCGUCUGCACUUGUCCAUGCAGCCAGCAAUGGGCACUUGAGGAUUGUGGAAUACCUUUUAUCUUGCGAUUGGCCACCUAACAGAUCAGGAGAACUUGGUCUGGCCGAAGCAGCUCAACAAGCUCUCAUUGUGGCUGCUUUUAACAACCAUGCUCAGGUUUUGGAAUAUCUGCUGGACUUAAGUGAGGUGGAUGUGAAUCAAGUUGACACACGUUAUGGAGAGACUGCGCUAACUGCAGCUGCUCAAAGUGGUCAUUCUGCCCUUUGUUCCCUUCUCAACGCUAGAGGGGCUCGGCUCGAUGUUGGAAACAUGAUCGACUCUCUGCCCUUGCUCAUGGCAACUGCCAAUGGACACUGGCAGGUGGUAGAAUGGCUGUUGAGUCGGGGUGUAGACUUGAGAAACCAGAUUGAUGGUCUGGGAAGAAGUGCAAUGAGCAUUGCUGCUGCAUCUGGCCAUGUUGGACUCCUGGAACUCCUUGUUUCCAAAGGAGGAGACAUGGAACAGAGGGAUAAAGAAGGAAUGACAGCAUUGGCUCAUGCUUGCAAGGCAGACCAGAUUGCAUGUGUCAUCUUCCUCUUGGACAGUGGUGCUCAGAUUCAAGCCAGAGAUUCAGAUCAGAAAACGCCACUUCACAUCGCUGCAGGCCAUGCGUCUCCUCGGGUUCUGCAGAGCCUCUUGGAACACGGAGCCGAGAUGGAAUGCGUCGAUCGAAAAGGCUGGCGUCCUCUGGAUCAUGCCGUUGCCGUUUCCAAGGAGGAUAACGUUCGUGUUUUCCUCCAACGGGGUGCCCGACUGGGGACUGCCACAUGGGAGGCUGCUACGUCUCAUCCCCAUAUCAUGCUGGCCCUGUUGCACAAGCUCCACGACGACGGGAGUCUCCUUUUACGAAGAGGUGAGGUUCGAGAUGCUGCUUUUCGUUUCCAGUAUGCAUUGAAGAAGAUCCCAGGACAAUGUGCAUCUGGUGACUUUUCUCGGCUUCACAUACGCCUCCUUCUACUUCUUUCUCGAUGCAAGAGGAAACUCCAGGAGCCGGAGGAAGCCCUGAAACUGGCAUCAGAAGCAGUGGAAAGAAGCGAAGAGAACUUUGAGACGUACUACAGCCGGGCAAGAGCCAAGCAAUCGUUAAACGACAUCCAAGGUGGCCUGGAAGACGUGCAGAGGGCUUUGCACCUGGCUCCUGCCAAUCGAGAUAUUAGACGUGUCCUGCUUGGCCUCAAGGAGGAACUCAGGCAGCCUCAAAGAGAAGGAGCCUGCAAACACACCCCUGUCUAAUGAAGUCAUCUGUGCGCGAGACAAUCCCAAAGAAGAAUUAUUUUUACUGUUCCCGAGAGGAUUCGGUACUUGCUGUUCUUUUUCUUAAGGUGUUCUAGCUUAUAGUGCAGAGAUUUUUUUGUUUAGUAGACAAAAGUAAAUUGUGCCAAAGCUUGAUGAUAGAACCUUGCAAGCAAUGUUAGUGCCAUUUUAUAUCUUCACUUCAUCUGUGAUGUUUUUUUUUUUAUGCAGUCCACAUGACACAUUAAAGAAAGCUGCUGCUUUGUCUCUUAUGCCCUGUAUGAGAUGAAUCAAUAAACAGCUGGGUUUCAGCCAUUUACA